AUGCAAGGAAAUACCACCAAAACCUCAAAUCCUUCAGAGAAUCGUAAUGAGGAAUUUUUUGCCAUAACCGCAGUCGGACAACAAACCCAACAGCAAGAUGAUAAAGAAGUCAUACAGGUUAUUUAUGUAAACGAUCAAAACGAUCCCGCAAUUGAUAAUAUUGAAGAAGGCAUUGAUACCAUAUCGUGUUAUGCUUCCAGCGAUGAGGAUGAGGAAUUUCUAACAGAUUUAGAAAGUAACGAUGGCCAUAAAGCCGGCAGUAGCCAGGCUAGACCCGCUAAAAGGGGAAACGCAACCGGCCAAGCAGAAUUACUCAAGUGUAAUUCUUGCGAACAAAGUUAUAAAACUAAAAAAGGCUUGCGACAGCACAAGUUUCGUAUUCACUACAAAAACUGCCACAAACAAUUGCCACUGAAAUGUGGCCAAUGUAAUAGAGGCUUUAAUACCAGAAGAGGCAUACGCAUACAUUUAAAAACCCACGACGAAAAGAAUCUUUUACAGUGCCCGGUCUGUUCGUCUAAGCAUCAAAAACAUUAUUUCAUCAAUCAUGUGUUGACGCAUGAAAGCGAUAGCUGCUUUCCUUGUCAGGUCUGUGGCAAAGUGUACAGCAGUCAUGAUGAACGCCUCAAACAUUGGGAGACUCAUGCCGCAGACCAACCAUUUGUUUGUCAGUUUUGUAAUCGCCGUUAUAAACAGCAACAAUAUUUGACACAUCAUAUGAAAACACACUGUCAAUAUCAGUGUCAUUUCUGUACGAAUGAAUUUAAUUCGUCGGAGACACAACGAUCGCCCUAUGUCUGUCCCAGCUGUACGGAAUUGCCGGAGGUAAAGCAGAAAAUAGAGCAACUAAAAUCGUUGGCGAAGAAAAGUCAUCAUGUAUUGGAAUCGGAUGAGAACUCAUAUCCUGCAACACAAUCAUGUUUUACCGUAACACCAAUAGACAGCCAAGAAACACCACAACAAUUAAGCAGGGAACAAUCUCCUCAAGUGUUUUAUGUUAAGAAUGAAGCUGAUGAAAAAAAUGAAUAUGAUGACUCCAACUGCACAACCAUUGAAAUUAAUACAAAGACUAAUAUUGAAAAUCCAGCAGAACUUAAUGAUUCAGAUACUUGUUAUUCACCAAAUGACGAUGACGACGACGACGACGAUGAUGAUACAGAUUUAGCAAGUAACGAUGACAAUGAAGCCAGUGGCAGUAAGAGCAAAAGAAAAAGCAUAAGCAAAUCACUGCCGCCGGAUCUUGACUUAUCCAGCCUUAAAUGUCCAUAUUGUCCGGCAGCAUUUAAAAAUAAACCAAGCGCUACGCGCCAUGUAAUACGCUAUCAUGGCAAUAAACUACCCAUCAAAUGUGGCAAAUGUCAGCGGGGUUUCCUUAAUGCAAAUGGUUUAAAAGUUCAUUUAAAAGCUCAUGACCAUUUUCAGUGUCCCAUCUGUAAAUCAGAACACAUAGAAAACUAUUUCAUUACACAUAUCUUGACGCACGAAAGCGAUACUUGCUUUCCGUGUCAGGUUUGUGGCAAGAUAUAUAGCGGCCAAGCUGAACGUAUGCGGCACUGGAUAACUCAUGCUAAAGAGAAACCAUUUGCUUGUAAUAUUUGUUUCCGGCGCUAUGGUAAACUGCACUAUCUAACGCGACAUUUAAAAUGUCACAAUCAAUAUCAUUGCAGUUUCUGUGCGACAGCAUUCAAUUCAAUUGAGGCCUUACGAGCGCCCUAUGUUUGUACGAAAUGUGAAAAAUUGCCCGAUAUAAAGCAGAAAAUUGAAAAUCUAAAAAUAUUCAUGGAUAGCAGUGAUGUUGUAGCCCAUGAUAUGGAUGAGAACACCAUUACACCUUCAAAUGCUGCUGAGGAAUUUGUGGUCCCUUAUGAAUUGCCAACAGCAGCUAUUGAUCAAGAAAUACCAGAAAUUAAGCCAAACUUUGUAGAAGAAAUUUCUAUAAAAAAUGAAUUAAAUACCAUUAAAGACAGUACUUUAAACGAUGACCUCAAGAAAGACUCAAAUACCGCUUGGUCUGGUUCUGAGCUAAAUAUUAAGAUAGACCUGGAAGAUGCUCAAGAUGAUGAAAACUCAGAUUUGGAAAUUAUCGAUAAUACAGCAGCCAUACCAAUCCACAUAGAUACGGACACCACAGCACACAAAUGUCAGCACUGUGAACGUGAUUUUCAUUCUAAACAGGGCUUAGAUCUGCACAUCAGACAAAUUCAUAACACAACCAGCAGCCAAGUUGGUUCUAAACACAAAUGUCUAGAGUGUCAUAAAGAAUUCCGCACCAGAUCAACGCUGUGGCAUCACAAGAAAACCCAUGACAAAAGCAAUCAAUUUCAAUGUCCUGUCUGUCCGACCAGAAAAUUCGGCGAAGGCUCUUUCAUUGUUCAUGUCAUGUUGCACGAAAACGAAUCGUGCUUUCCGUGUCAGGUGUGUGGUAAGAUAUUUACCACCAACAAAGAACGUAUGACACAUUGGAAGAGUCACAUUAAGGAGCGACCGCAUGGCUGUACAAUUUGUUAUAGACGUUUUGCCCAGAAACAUGUUCUGCAACGUCAUCUGAAAGCCCACAGCCAAUAAGACAAUUUCAAAUUCACCUCAAACUCUAAACGCUUUUCAAUGAUUAAGGGAAGUGUGAAUAGCAGUUGCCCAGCAGCAUGAUAAACUUUCAAAAAAAUAUGUAUAUUUAAAAAUACAUUGAAACUUGAGAGCAACCGAACUUCAGCUGCAUUGUCAGAGGGCAAUCACAAGUUUAUGGCUGUCAAUUUGGCAACAGAAAAUUAUAGCUGCCAGUUGCCUUUUGGAAACUGACAAAGCAACUUUAGUUCGGUGCCAUAUUGGACGCUCUUGGAUCUCAUGUUGAUUCAUA